AUGUAAUCACCUACAACGUCAAUAAAUAAAUUACGAAAUUCUCUUACUAGUUUUUAUGUAAAAGGCACUUGUUCUAACAAGACAUCACCAAUAAAAGAAGAUCCUUCUAUUCUUCAAAACCUGUUAAGAAUGUAACAGAAAGAAAUUGAUAGAUUGGAACAUUAGAACAAGAAUCUUUAAGUACUAACACAAAAUUAAUGUUCUAUGCUUUAUCAAGAGAGAACAUUAAGAACAAAUUCAACUAAAUUAUAGAUUCAUGCAGAUUUACCAUAAGCGUUACCUAAUGCUAGAAAUGCUAGAAGAUCAACUAUUAAAAGUGUUUUAUAAGCUAUGAAACCACCGCCUCGUAAAAUUGUUGUAUCUAAUAAACUAUAAAUGAAUAACAAUGAAUGUUUUAAAUUAUGUUCAAUUCUAGAAGUCAAUAAUCAAUAAGCUAAAUAAUUAUAUUAGGAUGAUAGUAGUAUAUAAUUAGUCAAAGAAAUUCUUAAAGAUGAAGAUUCAUUUAUUGAUAUUAUUACAACAUAUCCUCCUCAAUAAGUUUCAAUUAUGUAUGACAAAAUUAAAAAGUUAAUCAAUGAACAUGAAUAAAUGUUUGAAAUGAUACUCAAAUUCAAAUCUAUUAUUGAUAACUCUUUUAAUCUACAAAACAUCAAAUUAUAAUUAGAAGCACUUAAUCAAUUAAGUUUAUAAUGUAAAAAUAUACUUGAAUGUAAAAAUGUAUAAAUAAUUGCUAACAUAGAUGAAACAAGCAAAUCCUAUAUACAACAUGUAUAUUAAACUAAAUAAAUAAUUAACUUAAAAAAUGCUAAAUUUGAUGAAAGAUUUAAAAAUGAAAAUUUCAAUCAAUUAUUAGCUGCUCCCAUUCUAGAUAAUAAUAAAUGUUUAGGUGUUAUUGUUUGCUAAGAUAAAUCAAUUAAUUUUAAUAAUGAAGAUGAAAUAUUAAUUUAAUAUAUUUGUCGAUAAGCUUAACAUAUAUUAACUAAUUAGAUACCAAAUAAUAAAAUUGAAAUUCAGCUUUAAAAAUAUUAGCAUGCUCUCAAAAGUUUACUUUUACUAUAAUCAAUUGAUGAUUUAGAUACUAAAUUACACUUUUCUUAAUAAAGACUAUGCGAAAUUAUGA